AUGCCUUACUGUCACUUUCAGGAGGUUGCUGAAUCCAUCACCCAGAUGCUGCAGUUCAAUUGUUCUUCCUCCCACUUCCUCCACCAUAACUCAGCCUGGUGUGUGGAUGCAGAUGGCCAGCACUGUGACUGGAACAUCAGUGCUGAAGACCUACCAGACCUGUGUCUAAGCCACAACGACUACCUGGAGAAGUACAUGGGACCACGCCGCUCUCCGGUCUUCUUGCCAGUGUGUGUCGUCUACCUGGUCAUCUUUGUGGUGGGCGCCUUGGGCAACUCGCUCACCUGCACGGUCAUCGCCCGCCACAAGGUCAUGCAGACGCCGACCAACUACUACCUCUUCAGCCUGGCGGUGUCCGAUCUGCUGGUGCUGCUGCUGGGCAUGCCCCUUGAGCUCUAUGAGCUGUGGAAUAACUACCCUUUCCUCCUGGGCCUGGGAGGCUGCUACUUCAAGACCUUCCUCUUUGAGACGGUGUGCUUCGCGUCUGUGCUCAACGUGACUGCCCUCAGCGCCGAGCGAUAUCUGGCAGUGGUGCAUCCUCUGAGUGUCAGGCACAUUGCCACAAAGGCCCACGCCAAGCGGGUCAUCCUCACACUCUGGGGGCUCUCCGUCAUGUGUGCGGUGCCCAACACAAGUCUGCACGGCAUGAGAUACCUUCCCCCCAAGUUUGGCCAGCACUUCCCUGAGUCAGCCAUCUGUAGCCUGGUCAAACCUGCCUGGAUCUAUAAGCUGCUGGUCCAGGUGACUGCGCUCGUGUUCUUCUUGAUGCCCAUGAUCACUAUGGGUGUGCUGUACCUGCUGAUUGGGCUGCAGCUGCACAGGGAGAAGGUGUUCAUACAGCAGGUCACUGAGGUCAGCCUUGAGACAAACCUGGGCUUGGACCGUCAACAGAAAACUCAGCAAAACAGACGCCAUCAACAAAUUACCAAAAUGCUCUGUGUGUUGGUGGUGGUGUUUGCCAUAUUCUGGGCCCCUUUCCACAUUGAUCGUGUACUGUGGAGUUACAUGGAGUCUGACAGCUGGACCAAGGAGAGGUACAUGAUCUUUGAAUGGGUCCAUGUUCUUUCUGGGGUUUUCUUCUACCUGAGCUCAGCCGUGAACCCCGUCCUCUACAACCUCUUGUCCACGCGCUUCAGAGAGAUGUUCAAGGAAGUGAUGUGUCAGUCCCUCCAUCGCCGAUACUCUGUCACCUCCCGGAGCACAACCUAUUAG